CGACUAGUCUUCACCGGGAUAGAAAGCCGAAGCAAUAAGCAUAGAACUCCACUACUGGAAUUGGAUUCCAGUACAAAGCAGUAAACUGGCUAACUCUCGUAUAGCCAAUCUCCUACUACCGAAUGAUGAGACUCUAGCAACCUAAUCAGAUUCUAUCUAUCUCAGAUUGCAGCAGGAAUCAUGAAAAGUUGAUCAGACUUCAAUUGACUCAAUAAACAUGCAGCAUUCGAUUAUAAUCAAACAAUAUAGCAUCCAAAACUUCAUACAAGAAAGAUCCUAACUCAUGGAACUAGGGUUCCUCAAAACCUAAGUGAAGGGAAGUUACUCCAUAGAGAAUAGAGAGACUGCAGAAAUCUGAUCUAGAUCUUCAAUCUCCAUCUCCAAGCUUGAUUCCCGAGCUCCAAUGGCGAAGAAAUCCUCCAAAAUAGCUCCAAGAAUGUUCCCAAGUCGCUCUCUCUCUCUACGAGUUCGUCCCUUGGAUGUUUGGGAACCAAAAACCCAGCUCUCCUCUUUCCUUUGGCUGAAAAUCGAGUUUUAACCAGCAAUUCCCGACUCACACGGGCAGGGCCACACGGCCGUGUGGCAUACCCAGUUGCCCAUGUGAGUCAAAACGUUGCGUUCCAAUUAGUUCGAUCUUCAGGCUUCUCACACGGCCAGGGUCGCACGGCCGUGUGAGAUUUCCAUCUGCCCGUGUUUGCUCUCGGAGAAACUCGCACGACCAGACCACUCCUUCACACGGCCGUGUGGAUAUCAGGGCAAGCCGUGUUUGCUCUCGCACAAUCUCACACGGCCACAAAUAUGAGUUGCACGGCCGUGUGAGUUGUGGGUGUGCCCGUGUGGCCUCCUUUUUGACUUGCCUCGCGCCCGAUCUUCGUCCAAUCGACCCCAAACUCGCUCCCAAGCCUCCAUUCACGUACUAGGACCUGAAAGAUCACAAACAAGCACAACCUAGCGUGAAAUCGGCCUAAAACACGAGAAAUCACAUCUCAAACGGUGUAAGAAUAGGGGUAAAAGCAUGUGUAAUUAACGGUCUAUCAAGGAACCACUACCUGCUUCAGCACUUCCAGCCGACGAUGCAGAAGUGCGGGUGGAGAAGGAAGCCCCUGCUCCCAAGCCACAACCAGUGGUUAAGGAGCAUGUACCCCAGCUUCCCUUCCCCACUCGCCUACACAAAGACAAGUUGGAGACUGAGUUUGCCAAUUUUAUGGCAAUGUUGAAGCAGCUCAACAUCAGCAUACCGUUCGUGGAGGCACUGUCGAAGAUGCCCAAGUACGCGAAGUUCAUGAAAGAUCUCCUUACCAACAAGAAGAAACUUGGGGAUCUCUCGACAGUGUUGCUGAGCGAGGAGUGUUCUGCUAUCCUGCAGAACAAGCUGCCCGAAAAGCGCAAGGAUCCAGGGAGUUUUACUAUCCCUCUUACUAUUGGCAGCAUGCAUGUAGGCAAGUCCUUGGCGGACCUAGGCGCUAGCAUAAAUGUCAUGCCAUAUAAGUUGUAUAAAAAGCUAGACCUAGGUGAACUUAGCCCUACUAGGAUGAGCAUUCAGCUAGCUGAUCGUUCCAUUGUGCAUCCUAGGGGGAUCAUAGAGGAUCUGCUAGUUAAUGUAGGUGCAUUCACAUAUCCUGUUGAUUUUGUUAUUCUUGAUAUACAUGAGGAUGUGGAUGUGCCUUUGAUUCUGGGUAGACCAUUUCUUGCCACCGCCAAGGCACUUAUUGAUGUGCAUGAUGGUAAACUGAUCCUGCAUGCUGGGAAUGAACAGGCUACUUUUUCUGUGACUGAAUUCGAUCACUGUGCUAUGAUUGCUGUCACACCUGUGCAUGCCAUUUCUGAUCAGGUACACGAGCCUGUCGUGUAUCCUUCUGCACCUCUCAUUUUGCAGGACCCUCCUAUCAUUCCUUCGCCGCCACUCCAUCCAUUCUCGCCUCCGAACAAAAAGAUCAAGGAGGAGUGGCGGCCGAAGCAGCAGGUUGCUAAGCCUGCACGGAAGAAGGGUGGAGACCACUACGAGCUGGUCCCACCUCCUGCACCACGACCACCCUGUCCGUCAGGGUACUCACUCGCCUGCAUCUUGCCGGAUGGCCAGGUCGAGCUGACCGAUGAUGGUGGUCGCAUCCGUCGGGUGCAUGGCCACAACCUGAAGCUGUACCUCAAGAGCGACGUGGAUCCGCUCUUGGAGGCACCUAUUCCUGCACCUCCCUGAGUAUCCACCAUGGGCGUCCAGCUAAAAGACGGUAAAGAAGCGCUUGUGGGGAGGCAACCCCACCACGGUUUGACUUUCUUUCUUGUGUUUUGAGUCGGAUUGUAAACCGGUUUGGUUUUGGUUUGUUUUCUUUUGUUUUGGAUGAUGUAUUAUUGGGCUGACCAUUGGACCUAACAUAUUGUGUUUGAGCUCUUUGUUUUCCUUUAGCUAUGCUUGUCUUGACUGGUCCUCUAUCCAGUCCGCUUCACUCCGACUGGUCCGCUUCACUCCGACUGGUCCGCUUCCAGUCUCCUGCAGUCCGUGCAUACCGGUAACAUCGUUCCCCUUUUCUUUCCCUCUUCUCCAUUGAGGGCAAUGUCGAUCUUAAGUGUGGGGGGAUGUUUAUCUUUUGACUGCGUUAGAUCUGUUUGUGUGCUUGGAGCCUAGUCCAUUGUCCAAUUUUUUUAAUUUGAGAGCUCCAAGUACGUGUUCCUUGCAAUUGCCUGCUCAGUAUGCUUUGAAUUGACAGUCUUUAUAGUAAUAUGCAACCUAGGGAGGUAGUUUAGCACUAUGGAAGAUGUUGAUGCAUUUAAGAAGUCCCAUUUCUUCUUCAUAUUGUGUUGGUUGAUUGAGUGAAUUAGUGAUCUUAAGACCCUUGAAUUGUGUGGUGUUGUGGACUCUCUACCUGUCAUGGACUCUUGUUUCAUGUUUUGAGUUUAACAGGUGCUCAAAAAUGUGCUUUAAAAUAACGUCUCGCGUGCGAAUAGGGCGAAAGUGUGUAAGGGGAGACGGGAAUUCGUUCCCAAUUUCCACCUACUACCUCCAGCCCCCUUACAUGUCUUUCCCCCGCACGAGGCUCGAGACAUCCGCUCCUGGCAUGGCCGGUAAGAACCGGGCUCCCGCAAUACCUCUGCUAGGUGGGAGCCCCCAUUUUCUGAAAUGCAGGUUGGGACCCUUGAAAAAAAAGAAAAGAAAAAAUUAACAGAAAACAAGCAAAACAGAAAGAAAAGGGGUUCCAACCAUCUUCAAGAAGAAAAUAGAGCACCUUGAGAAAU